UUUAAUUUAGUUCAAUUAAAUCAAUAAUUAAUUAACAUAACACAGAGCCACAAUUUCAUGCAACAACAAUGCAACAACAAGAACUAGAGAAAUUGUAUUCACCGAGUCAGUGGACUCGAAGAUUUUCUUCGGCUGAAGAAAUCAUCCAGUAUCAUUUAAAAUUUAUAGAAAAAGCAAGUGCUGAAACGCGUGAUAGAGUACCAUCGCAACUGAAUAUACCAUAUGGAAGCACCCAACGCCAAAAAAUUGAUAUUUUUGGAACUGAUUUGGACGAUGGUUCCCCAAUUUUUGUUUUUAUACACGGUGGCUAUUGGCAAAUGAAGGACAUCAACAAAUCCAGUUAUCACUUUCUGGCCAGCAAUUUUUACAGAAACGGUAUCAAGAGCAUUUUUAUUGGUUAUGAUCUUUGCCCUGAUGUCCCCCUAUCACAAAUAGUGGCCCAAAUCAAGUUGGCAGCUAAAAAAUGCCUCGAGUAUGCAAAAGAAAAAAACUCCAAAGGCUUGUAUUUGAUGGGGCACUCGGCAGGGGCCCACCUUGCAGCCUCUUUAUUCUCAAACUUCAACUUUGUGCCCCCACAAGACCGCAAGUUGUUCAAAGGAGCUAUUCUCGUGUCAGGUGUUUUCGAUUUGAGCCCACUUGUCUCGACUGAGAUUAAUCAACCCUUAAAACUCGACGAGCAACUGGCGUCAGCUUUGAGCCCUUUGAAGCAAGAUUUUGCAAAAGAAUGCGAUGAAACGACAUUUCUUGUAAUUGUGGGAGAAUACGAAAGUCCAGAAUUUGUGAAACAAUCACAAUUAUUUGGCGAAAAACUGAAAAAUUUGGGCCUGAAAUCCGAGUUUCGGGUGGUCCCAAAAGUGGACCAUUUUGAUAUAAUCGAGGCAUUUUUUCAGGACAAUUUCACAAUUUUUAACAAAAUUGUUAAUUUAAUUCAAAUGUAA